CAUAUCAGCUGUCAAAUAAAAACGUCAUUUAUUUCUUUUUUUGUACGUGUGUGUGUGUUUUUGUGUGGUCGUUUUGUGAAGAAAAAAUAAGAAAUAAAAGAAAUUGUGAAAAACUUUUUUUUGCAAACAUUUUACUAUUAUACGGUUUGCAAAUAGUUUGAUGAAAAGUUUCCAAUUUUCCUGUUAACUUUGAUUGCAAAUAUUUUGGAAAAUUAUACGUUUUGUUAGAGAAAGAGGAAAAUUAAACUACAAAAAUGCUUAUAAAUCUAAAAGUGAAAACUUUAGAUGCUCAAACCCAUGAGUUUAGCAUCGAUAAUGAGAUUACGGUGCGUGAAUUCAAGGAUAAGGUGGCAGAAAAGACAAAUAUUGCUGCUGAUCAGCAGCGUAUUAUUUAUUGUGGACGUGUUAUGGUCGAUGAUAAACAACUCAAAGAAUAUGAUGUUGAUGGCAAGGUAGUGCAUGUUGCCGAAAGGCCACCGCCCUCUCAGCGUCUUCCAGCUACUGACUCAUCAGCUUCUGGUACUGAUGCCAGGAACGAACGUCGUAAUCGUGCCAGACCUAAUAUGCGUAAUUCACCCUUGUUUAGAGCUUUAGAUGGUAUGGUUGUGGGUACUAUGGCUUUUCCCAUGAACGCCAAUACCAAUGGCCAAGCUCCUGUUAAUCCAUUUGCUGCUUCCUCAUCAUUUUGUAUGAAUCGCAUAACUGUGGCCCGUCAUAUGUUGGAAUGUGCUAAUAAUAUUGCCGCAUAUUUAGAAGAUCCAUCUAGGGGUUUAAACAAUCAAUCCCUUGAUAUUUUGGCACGCGGACGCUGGACUAUGGAAUCUACCGUUGUGGAAGUAGGCAUUACAUCGGAUAUACCACAAAGUCAACAAAUUGUUGAAAUGGUACAGGGCGCUGUACAGGCCGCUUUAAGACGUAGUGGCAAUACUAACGUUACAUUAGUACAAUUGCCAACUGUUUUUAGUUCGAAUGAAAAUGAGGCAAAUGCAGCUGCAGUAACGGCUGCAGGGGGAGCAGCAGGAGCGGCAGCUACAGAUACUGAAACUGCUAACACUGAGCCGGAUAAUGCUGCUACAACAGCAGCCUCAGUUGUUAUAGAAGAUGUUAUCGAUGAUGAUGAGGACACACCCACUAAUGAACCAAGUGAUAACAAUUCAACUGCAGCAGCUCCAAAUGCAGCAUCAGCUGGUGAUAAUAAUGAUAAUGCGGCUGUCGUCGCCGGCAAUAAUGAUGAUGGUGGUGAUAAUUCUAGACGUCGUACUGGUACUCCCGUAUUGGCUGGUGUUAUUGAACAAAUGCGCAAUGUUCAAAAUCGUCUUAAUCCAUUUAUAGAACAAUACUAUGAUUUAUUACAAAACGAACCAACAUUUGAGGAAGAUGACACUACUGGUCGUGAAAAUGCCCAACGUUUAUUUGAUCGUGUUUCAGAAGCAUUCCAUUAUAUGUCUCAUGCUCAACAUGCUAUUUCUGAUUUAAUGUUGGAUGUUUCUCAGGACGCACCGAGAUAUUUAACUUGUCGCCCCAUUUUAGUUGAACAAAGCGGUUAUGUUAGUUCCAAUAAUUUCCUAACUCCUGCUUUUCUAACACCAGAAGAAUUUCGCCAACAACAAGGGCGUAAUACAACGAAUACAAAUACAGCUGCAACGGCAACGGCAACCCCAACAACUGCUGCUGCCUCGACUGCAGCAACUACCACAACUAAUAGCAGUAAUCCUGCGACUGGUUCUUCUUCAACUUCCUCAAAUGAUGCCAACAACACAGUUGAUGAUCCCAUUGAUGAUCCAGUCAUUUGGCGUCCAACAAUUAAUUUUGGUACUCCUCCCUCAAAUGAUAAUACAAAUGCUUCUAAUAAUAAUGCCAAUGCUGCUGCCGGUAGAGUCCCAGCACAAGGAGGUGGUCGUACCCUUGAAAUUAUACUACAACCUAGCCGUGCCAUGUAUUUAGAGCGCAAUUUCCAACGCCAAGUAGCACGUUUAUUACAAGAUGUAGUUAGUGCAGCGCCAUUUGAUACAGAGUUUCAUGUUCACAUCAAUACUCCCAAUGUUGUGUCCAUUGAUGUGCCCAUUGGUGUUAGCGGCAGUAGUAAUAGUAGUAGUGGUGGUAGUGGCGGUGGCACUCAAGCUUCUCAAACAACCAGUACAACUUUGAAUAAUAAUGAUAGCAAUGCAACAACCACGUCAACAGCUACAGCAACAAAUACAACAAAUGAUAAUGCAAACACUAAUACUACAACAAAUUCAUCUUCUUCCUCCUCAUCUUCAACAGCAAAUCCUGCACGUGUUACGACCGCAACUUUGCCAACAACAUCUACCCAAACACGUUCAACAUCACGUCCUCAAGUACACUUUGGUAACAUCCCUGUAUUGGGUAUGCCAACUGGCUGGAAUGGUCGUGUCUUACCCAGUAAUAAUGUGUCAUCGUUCGAUAGAUUUUUACCCUGUAACAGUCAUCAUAUACGCGAGCCUGAAACAGCCAACAAUAAUGCCGCCAACAAUGACAAUGGAUCCAAUAAUGCCACAGCAUCUGGUCCUGCAACUCGCAAUAAUCCUACUAGGGCACAUAUUGUUACACGACGACCAUUGCGCACUAUGAAUGAUAUUUUUCAACGGAUACGUCCUCAUUCAUCUCGUAUAGUAGGUUCAACCAUGAGAAAUCCACAACGUUUGAUUAGAAAUAACUUUGGAUCUCCGUCUGGUGCCGCGGUUUCGGUACGUCCACCCAUAUUGCCACCCAUCAUGGUCAUGCGUGAUUUGUUUGGUGGUGUAGCUGCAGCAUCUGCCAAUGGAUCCUCUGCCUCCUCCUCCUCCUCGACAACAGCCGAUGCUGGAGCCAGCUCAAAUCAGGAUACUCAAAGGCUUAACAUACACUCCCAACUGAUGAACUGCUUAAACAGUCAAAUUUUCGAAGGUCAGCCUAUUAACGAUGACACCAUACCUCUGGCCAUAAAUCGUGCAAUACAAUGGUUUGGCGAAUCCUUGUUGUAUUUGCCACAAUACGAAAAGCCUGAAUACGAUUCCAGGGAUUCACUGUUCAAUAUUUUAAGAAGUACUUUGCCCGCGGUUAUUGAACUUCUCAAACGCAAUCCUGUCAAUCUAAAGGAAUUUGAACAGAAGCUUAAACAAAUUUGUGAACAAUUUCGCAAACGUUUAUACAGUGUUUUAUACAUUUGCAUUGGACGGGCAAAUGCCGAAAUAUUCUGGGCACAAUUAAUGCGUUUAUUGUGUAAUUCCAUUCAAACUAAUUUACAAGGUGAUGUUGUUGAAUUCUUAGCUGUUUAUUUAACCCCAACUAUACCCAGUGCUACCGAUGAAGCUGAUGCUCAACAAUUUAUUGUUUUACGCAAUACAACAGCAGCAGCCAAUGAUAAUAACGUGCAAACGACAUUUGUCUCACCACCCGCUUACUUUCAUUCUCAGCCCAUGGACACAGAUGUUGAAAUGUCUGAAACCGCUACCACAUCACAGCCCGAAGUUGAUGAUGAACCUUUGCCCUCAGUUGUGCCUGGUUCGGUUGCUUGGCAUCGUCAUUUCCCCAACGAUUGGUUACCUAUUUUAACACGUGAUAUCCAGAUGCAAAGAGAUAAUCCUACCGAACAGCCACCAUUUUCGGAUGCUUACAUAUCAGGUAUGUCAUCGAAACGAAGAAAGCUGGUACAAAAUUCAAAACCACCAACAGAAAUUGGUGCUAUAAUAGCUGACAGUGUAAGAAAAGCCAUACAAAAUCCAGGACUUGGUACAUCAACAUCCGCCAAUCAAAGCCACACCCCCGAAGAUGUUGCCCGAGCAAUUGCUAGUGAUGCAGCAGUGCAAUCAUCAUGUAUAGAUGCCGUACGUACUAAUGUACGAGAACGUCUUAAGAAGGAUCCCGACUUUGAAGCCGACAAGUUUCCCAAAUCUAAUAAGUUUAUAAAAAAAUAAAAUUAUUAUAGAAAUACUAACACUCCCUCACCCACACAACACACACAAACACACACACAUCUCCAUAAUAAAUGGAAAUUUUUCAACAGACUCUAAAGGCACCUGCGCUUUUAUUUCAAAUAAAGAAAAAACAAGGAUACUUUCGUAUGAGAAAAAAGAAAAGUGUUGCACUAUAAUAACUGAUUAUUGUUAAAUGAUAAAUGGAAAAACACGAUAAACCCAAUAAAACUAAUAACAAGGUGUCUUUAUACAAUUCUUUUUUAAAUCUAGGGGCUAAUAUAAGGUAUACUAUUGAAAAAAAAAAAAUUAUUUGUGUUAUAUAUUUAAACAAAUGCUAACAAUGAUAAAAUAAAAAUCAAUAUUUUUUUUU